UCCGCUUUAUCUCCCACCCUAGUGUGACAGCGCCUGUAGUGCGCGUUUGUAUGUAUGAAGGAGGGCGACAGAGGGAGUAAGUAGCGUACACAGUUUGUAAACUGAAGCAGACGAGUCAGACAGCACACUUGGGUAUAUAGCGACCAUGGAGUACUAUGUUGCAGUGCUUGCACAAAUGUUGGAGAUUGCGUGUUAGUUUCCAAGAUCUAAAAGAUAGUGAUCUAAAUGUAUAAUUUACCCAUUCGUUUUAUGAUUUAGUAUUGUCAGGAUCCGAGAAACGAAGCUGAAUGUAUUUCAGACACAGAGCUCUAAAACGGGUGCACAACUCUGAAAACUGAGGGUUUUGAACCUUGGAACCUUUAUUUGGGUGAGAACUUCGGCAAGAUUCUGAGCACCCUGUUGGCUGUAAACAUCACUACUCAAGACUGUGUCUCUGAGAGGCCAUGCCCCCGGCCCAGCGCUUCUGCACCCUGCCUGGCUUCCUGUGCACGCUUUAUGCCCUCGUGCAAGUCUAACAGGUCCCUGCGCAGACAGUCUAAAUCUGUGGAGAUGUCGGAGAACGGUGGCGGCGGCGGGCAGCUGCUGGUGAAGGCCCGCUUCAACUUCAAGCAGAACAACGAGGACGAGCUGUCCUUCGGCAAGGGCGACCUGAUCUGCGUCACCCGCCAAGAGGACGGCGGCUGGUGGGAAGGCACCGUCGGCGGCCGCACCGGCUGGUUCCCUAGCAACUACGUCCGAGAGGUCAAGCCCUCUGAGAAGCCCAUGUCUCCCAGAGGUCUGAAAGGGUUUGAGUUGCCCCAGCUGACUAAGAACUACUAUAGUGUGGUGGUCCAGGACAUUCUGGAGUUUGAGCGAGAGUUUGUGAAGGAACUGCAGGCCCUGCUGGGCUGCUACCUGCGCCCCCUGCAGGCCAGCGACAGGCUAUCCAGUGCAGACAGCACAAGCCUGAUGGGGAACCUGGAAGACGUCCUGACAUUUCAGCAAGGCCUCUGUGUGGCCUUAGAAGAGUGUGCGAAAAUGCCAGAGGGACAGCAGCGUCUGGGUGGCUGUUACCUGAACCUGUUGUGUCAGAUCAGGGUGCUGUACCUGUCGUACUGUUCCAACCAUCCCUCUGCUGUGUGUGUGCUCACUGACCACGGUGAGGAGCUGGACAAGUUCAUGGACAGCCAGGGGACCAGCGGCCCCGGGGUCCUGACCCUGACCAGCAGCCUCAGCAGGCCCUUCAUGCGGCUGGACAAAUACCCCACCCUGCUCCAGGAGCUGGAAAGACACGUGGAGGAAGCCCACCCAGACUAUAGCGACAUUUUGAAAGCCACAACGGCCUUUAAGAACUUGGCGUCUCAGUGCCAGGACGUGCGGAAGCGCAGGAACCUGGAGCUGCAGAUCGUGUCGGAGCCGGUGCGAGGCUGGGAGGGAGAGAGCAUCAGGUCUCUGGGUCACGUGAUCUACAUGUCCCAGGUGCACAUGCAGAGUGCGGCCAGUGAGGAUAAGGAGGAGCGCUACUUCUUGCUGUUUCCCGGUGUUCUGCUCAUGCUGUCAGCCAGUCCUCGCAUGAGUGGAUUCAUCUACCAGGGAAGGUUACCUCUGACGGGGAUGACAGUGAGCAGACAGAUAGAGGACGUGGACAGUGCGCACUUCGCCUUCGAGAUCUCAGGUAGCAUGAUCGAUCGCAUCAUGGUGUUCUGCAGCACCCAACAAGAGCUUCAGGAGUGGCUGGAUCACCUGCACUCUCUCACCAAAGGAGGCAGCCCUGGGGGCACCAUCAGUAAGAAUGCUGACAGCAGACACGGAAGCGCCGCCGGCACCCCCAGCCACCAGGGGUACGGCUCUCCCGCCACAACGCGGGGACCCCUGGAGCCCCCGAAAACCAGCAAGCCCUGGUCCCUGAGCUGCCUGCGCCCCGCGCCGCCCCUCAAGCCCUCUGCCGCGCUGGGCUGCAAGGAGAGGAUGUCUUAUAUCCUGAAGGACUCCAGUAAAAGCCCCAGGCCAAUUAAGAAAUUUCUUCCAAAACGAAAAACGGAAAGAAAGCCGUCAGACGAUGACGUCCUCCUGAGGAAAAGCACAGCAGCCCUGGAGGAGGAUGCCCAGAUUCUGAAGGUCAUUGAAGCCUACUGCACAGGGGCCAGCUUUCAACAGGCCAGCACAGUGGCACGGAAGGAGGGAACGCCACAGGUCCUUCUACCCGAGGAGGAGAAGAUCAUCAUGGAAGAAAUGAAGAGUAAUGGGCAGACAGUCAUCGAGGAAAAAAGCCUCGUGGAUGCUGUGUAUGCUUUAAAGGAUGAAGUCCAUGAGCUGAAGAAGGAGAAUAAACGGAUGAGGCAGUGUCUGGAGGAGGAGCAGAAGUCCCGGAAGGAGCUGGAGCGAGUGGUCAGGAGGCUGGCCAAACAGAAGAACGACUGCACCUGGGAAGAUGGCGGCCACUGAAACUGUGUGUGUGUGUGUGUGUGUGUGUGUGUGUGUGUGUGUGUUUGUUUGUCUGUGUGUGUGUGUGUGUGAGUGUGUGAGUGUGUGUGUGUGUGUAGUGUGUGAGUGUGUGAGUGUGUGAGUGUGUGAGUGUGUGAGUGUGUGUGUGAGUGUGUGAGUGUGUGAGUGUGUGUGUGUGCGCGCGUGUGUCUGCCUGCUAUAAGCCUGAACAUUGUUAAUUGCGUGCGCAUUCCCAUAGAACAGGAGUCCCCUUUCCUCCAAGAGAAAGGAGAUAAGUGCUUCGUUUCUCAGAUCAGUUGGGGAGCAGACUUUUAGAAUGGCUCUGGCAGAUUUUGGACUUUAUGAGCCUGGGUUGGGGGCCCGGGGUCCGGGGGUGUUGGUGUGGGAAGCUAGCUUUGAUGCAUAGAAAUACCAAAAUUACUUGUUGAAAGUUUGUGUUUUGUCAGUUUCUACAAAAACUUAUUCCAAAAACAAAUUAGUACCAGACAGAGGGCUGAAGAUUCUUUUUAGGACAUGAUGGGAACAUUUUUGGGGCAAUGGGAGCCACGCUUUAUGUGGCCCUUACUUGACUCCAGCGCGUGGAUGGUCAGGACACAUUGAAACCCUUUCCAAAGAGGAGUGAAAACCAGGACAGAGAAGACAUGGAAAAUGGAUGAAGAUAUUCAGUCAGCUGACUUACGGUACUCACUGUGAGCUGUUGCCUCCAUUACAGAUUGUUCUGAUCUUUAAGAGGAAAACAACAGAAAAGGUUUUGAACAGUGGCCUGUGAAUCAGAGCUCAGGGUGAAUAUAUGGACUACUGCACAGAUUUUAAAGGAAUGGCAUAAAAACCUUCUGAUAGGUGGGUAAAACAUCUACGUCUGCAUGCCUGUGCUUUAGGUUUAGGACACAGAAGCAGAUUCAGUGUCGGCUCCGCAUUCUGUUCAUUCAGUCUGUUCAGUUUUAGCAGGUUUAUUUUUUUUACUGGUCUUCCUUCUACACACAAACAGAGAAAUGUACACUGUUGACAUGGGACAGAUCUGAGUUAUUUAGGGCCAAAUUCAACUGCGAAGCACUGUCUAUGACUUUGAAAAGGGAAGACAAUUUUGUACUUGCGUACUUUGUUUUUCAGAGUUAAGGGCCAAAGGGCAUUGUGGUUUGACUGAAUUUAACUUUAGAGAAAAAUGUUGAUUUAAAAAGUUACCAUACAGCCUUUUGGUAUGAUUUUAGCAUCACAAACGAUGUGCUUAUAUGGUUUUCUCAAACAAUAUAUCUUCCAGUCUGCAUGUCUGCUCCGCAUUUCAUUUUAUAAGCUUAAGAAAAAUGCUUUUAAGAGCUUAUGAGAAAAUGGAAACAAAUCCUAUUAUACAAUUUUGACAAUUUCCUUUAGCUGUUGGCCUUAUUAAAGUCCAAAGCUUUCAGGGAUAUUAUUCUAAUAAGAACAUACAAGCACGUCAAUAUGUACGUAUGUAUAUUAUAUAUGCAUACGUAUAGAAAAAUACUGUCUAAUAAAUACUUGUUAAGCAACAAAAAUCUUAUAGCUUUAUCCUUUGGGCAAAAUAUUAUAUAGCUUAUUUAUUUUUGUUUGACAGAAAGAUAUUAAAGUAUGCAGGCAAUACUGUAUCUUUGGUACUGGCAGCUGACUGGUGAAAACUUUGAUGGUUUUACCUCAUUGUCUGUUGACACGAGGCUGGAUUCUGCUUUGCUGCGUCAUGGCAGUGCUUCAGCCCCCCGUACGGAGACUG